GCGCACUGUCACUGUGCGUCGGGAAACAUGGCGGGUGUCGGGUUCCGACGUUUGGCCCUGGCUCUCUCCACUGGAAGAGGGACGGGUAUUUCAGCUCUCCUCACGAGCUCCAGAGCAGCCUCUGGUGCAUCCAAGGAUGGUCUCCCUGGUCCUUACCCGAAAACUCCCGAAGAGAGAGCUGCCGCCGCUAAGAAGUACAACAUGAGGGUGGAGGACUAUCAACCAUAUCCAGACAACGGCGAGGGCUAUGGUGACUAUCCAAAGUUACCUGAGAGAUCUCAGCAUGAGAGAGACCCCUGGUACAAAUGGGACCACCCUGACCUGAGGAGGAACUGGGGAGAGCCGAUUCAUUGGAAUUUUGACAUGUACAUCAGGAACCGUGUGGACACAUCUCCCAGCCCUGUGUCUUGGUCCACCAUGUCCAAACACCUGUUGGGAUUCUUAGGAUUCAUGUUGUUUAUGUUCUACAUUGGGGAGUUGAUGCCGUGUUACCAGCCUGUUGGACCGAAGCAAUACCCUUACAAUAACCUGUACUUGGAGAAGGGCGGAGACCCCGAGAAGCAACCGGAGGAAGUCAAAAAUUAUGAAAUCUAACUACUAAAAUACAACUGUACCUGUGUAUAUAUUUCUGUUAAGAAUAAAAACCUACCAAACCUUUAAAAA